AUGGACAUACCCAGUCGUCUAGGCGCGAGGCCGUCGUUGGCAUUGCCUUCGAUUGUCUUUAACGACUCGGAGCAAGACCGAUAUCGAACGUCGAGCAGGUCGAGUUCCUACAAUUCGUCUUCUUCUACUUCCUCGCAUGCCAUUCCUAUGUCCAUAAAAGGUUCGAGAGAACCCGUACCACCGCCAUUACCUCCUCCGAAAGACCUGGCAGAUAUAAGGACAGGAGGAAAUAACGGGCAAGAUCUAGCGUGGCGUUUUGCGAAUUCACAUAGGGAUUCCGGCGGUCUAGGCUCCUCAGUCGCACCAGGGUCGAGUCUCUAUGGAGACAGUAGAAUGGGCAAGAACAACGAGGAGAUUGACCGUCCAACCUAUACAAAAAAUGCAAAGGAAAGCGACCGUCCAAAUUAUUCGCGAAGUACAAGCUCGUCAACAACGAUAAAAUCAAUGCAGCCAGCUGCGGGCGAACAUGGCUCUCCCAGGGAUGAAGGGUACUCCAGCUAUUCCACGGGCAAAGGGUCUUACCGCAGCAAUUUUUAUCCAGAUUUUUCUGGCGGGAGAUCCUUCCAAAGCUCGGUUCACGAUACCUUUCAGACAGACGCCCAGGCAUACGAUAAGUCGUUGUUGCAAAAAUUGGACGCCCGAGGACCGGUUGAUAAAAAAACCCCUCCACGAAACUAUUCCAAAAUGUCAGCUUUCAGCUCUUCUGCAAGCGAUGCAUCACCAACGUCAAGGAUCAACGCCGACCACAGGCAUCCGAGCCAACUAAAACCUUUGUCCCUCCCAAUUUUGUCGGGUCGUCCAGGUCUAGGGUUUGUAGAGAGUCCAGUGGCGUUGGGGAGACAUGGGGAAAAUCCAUUGUCAUUUGCGAAAUCGACUGAACCCCAUUUCCCUCGGUUCGCUUUGCAAACCCAAUUUGAACCCAGAUCCCAUAGUGAUGCUGAUUCCGACCGUUCCCCACAUCCGUAUGUCAGGGGAUCGGGGAGUAGUUCUGCCAUGAGCUUUGGCGACGAUGCUUCAAGUUUCACCAGUCGCUCUAGAGAUAGCUAUGAUCCUCGAAUUUCACCGGAUCAUGACGCACAAUUUCAAAUGGAGGAGACCGGGCUUAGGAGGCUUCGCAUUGAUGAGUAUUCUGGUCGACAAGAACCGUACUCUCCAAGCAGCACAGCAGGACAAAAGCGACGGGCUUCCUCGCCACCCGCGGAAGACGGUCCUUCGCUGCAUACAGUCGGAAGUGCGAGUGAUUUGUUUAGACGUAGAGAAUCUGCAUCACGGCGCUCUCCUACCCCACGCCUACAUUCGGCCGCUGGAUCGGUCUCAUCUGCUGCUUCGGCACCCAGAGCGAACUCAUAUGCUUCAUCGACGUUAUCCAUCACCACGAGCAGUGUGUCGAGUCUAAGUUCAUAUGCAAGAUCUCCAGGUGGGUUGUCACCCGGAGGGUUGGAUUCGUCCGAUUCUUCAUAUGUUCCAUCCUUAAACCCGAGUCCUCGAAGUUGUGGCCCGAGAGUUGGUCAUCAGCGCCAUCCUUCGACAGAGGGAAGACCUCUGUUGUCUUCGCACAAACCAUCUGACAGCCUAGCCACAUCAAAAGCUCACGGCGCACCAAAAAUUCAAGGUAUUUACAUGUGCGAGUGCUGUCCGAAAAAACCAAAGAAAUUUGACUGUCAAGAAGACUUAGACGCACACGAGCAAGAAAAGCAAUACCAAUGUGCAUACUGCAAUAAUCGUUUCAAGAAUAAAAAUGAAGCCGAGCGGCAUCAAAAUUCUUUGCAUCUGCGUCGCCAUUCCUGGUCCUGUGCUGCACUUUCUGGUUAUUCAGCAGCGUUUCAUGAAUCUUCAGCACGGCCAGGUGAAGCCGACACUUGUGGCUAUUGUGGUGAGGAUUUCCCGCGGUCUGGCCUAUCCUCGACUUCGCCGGCUGGGCCCCAGGUUCCUAUUCCCACGGACCGAGAUUGGGAUGUCCGGAUAGGUCAUCUGCAAGAGAUGCACAAAUUCGGAGAGUGUAAUCAUGCGAAAAAGUUCUUCAGAGCCGAUCAUUUCAGGCAACAUUUAAAGCAUAGUCAUGCAGGUACGAGCGGGAAAUGGACAAACAUGUUGGAAAAUUCAUGUAUGAAGGAUGAGCCUCUUCCUGAGCCCAUCCGUGGCCCUGGAGCCACUGGUGGUGGGAGAGUAUCAAGGAUUAACGAGGAAGAAGAACUAUAUGAAUAG